GUCUUUCAAAACAAAAGAAAAAAAUAAAAUAAAAAAGACAACUGUGGAAACUCCUCUCCUUCUCCCGACCUUUUCGCCUUUCCUGCCCAUUUUCCCCCUUCACGUUCCCCAAACUUACAAAUUUGUUUGGGGUAAAAAUAAAAAUAAAAAUCAAAAUAAAAUUAAAUAUCAACGCGAAUUUAGCUGUUUGGGAGAUUUUUCAACUUUUACUUUGAAAAAGUUUACAUCUUUUGUUCCAUUUUCCAUUUCCAACCCAGAAGUUCUUUUUACAUUGAGCAAUUUUCUCGAAGAGAAUUUGCUACAAUAACAAUCAAUCAAAUAAAGGUGUAAUUAGUUAUCUCUAUUGGAAGAAGAUAGGAAGGAAAUCGGGAUGAUGAUGAUUGGAUGUUAAAGAGGUGAAAGAAAGGAAGGUAAAAGGUUACCAUUAAAGAUGGUGCAAGGUGGGGAUCAGGACCUGCAGCAAUGUAAUGCACAAGGGUCUGAUGCUCGCCAUGAAAAGAUAUUUGUAUCAGUUAGAUUAAGGCCUCUGAAUGAUAAGGAAAUCCAAAGCAAUGACUUUGCUGAUUGGGAAAGUAUUAACACCACCACCAUUUUAUUCAAGAAUGGCCUUGGUGAACGGUCUGUGUAUCCCAAUGCCUAUAAUUAUGACAGAGUAUUUGGUCAUGAUGAUUCUACAAGGAAAGUUUAUGAGGAAUCUGCAAAAGAAAUUGCUCUUUCUGUUCUCAAUGGCAUUAACUCCAGCGUCUUUGCUUACGGGCAAACAAGCAGUGGGAAGACCUUCACAAUGAACGGAAUUAUACACUAUGCUGUAGCUGAUAUAUAUGAUUACAUAGAGCAGCAAAAGGAGCGGGAAUUUGUGUUGAAGUUCUCAGCCAUUGAAAUCUAUAAUGAACUUGUUAGGGACCUUCUAAGCAUAGACACUAACCCUCUCCGACUUCUGGAUGAUCCCGAGAGAGGCACAGUUGUUGAAAAGCUAACCGAGGAGACUCUGCAAGAUAAGAGCCAUCUUCUAGAGCUCAUUGCCGUAUGUGAAGCUCAAAGACAGACGGGAGAGACUAGUCUGAACGAAGCGAGUUCUAGAUCUCAUCAAAUCCUCAGGCUGACGAUUGAAAGCUCUGCUAGAAGUUUUGGUGGUGGUAAUUCAAGCAUACUUGCAGCAAAUGUGAACUUUGUGGACCUUGCAGGAAGCGAGCGUACAUCUCAGACGUUAGCAACUGGUGCAAGAUUGAAAGAAGGUUCUCACAUAAAUCGCAGUCUGCUAACUCUCGGAAAAGUUAUUCGCACAUUGAGCAAGGGAAAGAAUGCGCACAUUCCUUAUCGAGACUCGAAAUUAACACGUAUACUGCAAAACUCUUUAGGAGGAAAUGCAAGGACCGCCAUAAUAUGUACCAUGAGCCCUGCUCACAGUCAUCUAGAACAAUCAAGAAACACCCUCUUAUUUGCAAGUUGUGCCAAAGAAGUUACUACCAAUGCACAGGUUAAUGUGGUUAUGUCUGACAAAGCUUUGGUGAAGCAACUAAGGAAAGAGUUGGCCAAAUUAGAGAGCGAUUUGAAGAAUAUUCCCUUGGUUACUUCCAAGAGCGAUGUUGCAUCUGUUCUCAGAGAAAAAGAAGUUCAGAUUGAAAAGAUGCACAACGAAAUCAAAGAACUAAGUAGACAACGCGACCUUGCUCAAACAAAGGUGGAAGAGCUGCUACAGUCGACCAAGAAAAAACAGGUUUCAGAAACAUGGGAUGAUGGAUCCGAACAUCAAAGAAGUGAAUCGCGGGAUAAAUUAUCAUGGUUUGAUGAUUCAUCAGAAAUAUCUGACGGAUCAGAUUACCGCCGCCUUGAUGCUGACUUGGCAACAUCUGACUCCUUUCACUAUAUUGAUCAACAUGGCAAUUUUGAAGUUAGCACUACUCAACAGUCUCAUCUUCUUGACUUCAUUCCAAAUGAGUCCUUACAGCAACCACUUGGAGAUACAACAACAGAUUUCACUCCUGAUGGCCUGUCACUAAGAUGGGAAAAAAUGGGCAACAACAUCUCACUAGGAUUCGAUGAAGAUAACUGCAAGGAGGUUCCUUGUAUUGAAGUUCAAGACAGAAUCAUUAGCAGCAACAAGACAGAAUCAUCAGAUCCUGUAAAGAUUUCUCCUGACAAUAAUGGAAUUCAGGAAGUGGAAACUGACAAAGAGUAUCCUAUUUCAGCUGAUAAAGUGGAGAGUGAAGAGAAACAAGAGGAAAAUAAACGAUCCACUGUCGAAGAAAACAAGUAUACUCAAAGUAAGGAAGAAAAAGAGACAGACCAGUGUGAUGGUGAGUAUAAUGCAGCAGUGACUGGAAAUGAGAAAGAUAUGGUGGAGACACAACAUUGUGAUUCUGAACACGAUCCAUUGGUACAAAGGAUCAAAGAACUGCAAAGGACUAUUGACAUGCUUGUUAACCGUAACCCCUUGGAAAAUUUCUCUCCUUGUUCCAUCGACUCAGAGCAUUCAAGCAACAUAGGGUCAAGCUUCAGCAGGAGUAGAAGCUGCAAGGCAAUUCUAACAUCAAACUCCACCUCGUUUAUCCCUUUUGAAAAGGUAGUGCUCCAUUCUCGGGAUUUAUCAUUUGGUGGAUUUGAGGAAGAUAUGAGCUCAGAUAGACCAAAGGGAUUCUUUCGGGGGUCAGAUCAUGUUGCGACCACCAGUGGAAAGCCAUCAAGAUUUGGCCUUCCUAUGCCUUCUAUUAGGAAUGCAAUUAUGAAUGAAAUGGAACAGGAUGUUAAAAAUUCAGAUUUCAGUGAUACUUCCACCAUUUACAGUUCCAUUGUAGAAACAAAUGGAGAUGCCGAACAUGAGUAUGGCAAGCAUGUGGGAUAUGAGAUGGAUGGUGACAAAGUCGAGGAGGAGGGUGAAGCAAAGGACAAGGAAUCUAGUGAAAGUGCAAGAGAUGUUAGUUCAUAUUUGAUAGGGGCUAGAGAUUGCAUGUCAGAGGGAACGAUGAGCAGUGUGCAAACUCCAUGUAAUUGGUUCGAAGAAUUUGAGAGUCAGCGGGUGAAGAUAAUCGAACUUUGGCAUGCUUGUCAUAUACCAUUAGUCCACAGAACCUAUUUUUACUUAUUGUUCAAGGGAGAUACAUCUGACAAGAUCUACAUGGAGGUAGAGCUCCGAAGGUUGUCUUUCAUCAAAAACAGGUUUGAUCAAGGCCAGAAGAUUGUUAUGGAUGGUGAAGUUUUCACACCAUCUUCAAGCAUAAGGGCAUUGAACCUAGAAAGGGAGAUGUUAAUGAGGCAAAUGUACAAGAAGAUCCCAAUACAAGAAAGAGAGUCAAUCUUCGACAAGUGGGGGAUCACGAUGAACAGCAAACAGAGGAGACAGCAACUGGCUCGCCGCCUUUGGAAAGACACAAAGGAUAUGCAACAUAUCAGAGAAAGUGCAACCCUUGUUGCUAAGCUUGUUGGUUUUGUAGACGAAGCUCAAGUGCCAAAGGAGAUGUUUGUUGGUCCAAGUAUUGCUACUAAAAUCAUCAAUCGAAGGUCCUAUAGCUGGAAAUCUGGCAAGUCAGUUGUAUCCUAAACUAAACCUUUUGGCAUGGGGAUGUAUCAUGUAUAAUAUUAUUAUGUAAAGCAAACUUAAAUAUGUUAAUGAAAAUUAACUUCUAACUACUUAUACCAAAUUUCUCAUUGUUAAACCUUCUGCUGUUUGUUAACUUAUGACUUACUCUUUAUUCUUA